AUGAAUGAUAAAGAAGCAAAGAAAGAAGCUAUUGAAAUCAUUUACGAAAUCUCAAAUAUUUUAAAUGUUAAUCUGGAUAAAGAAACUAUAGUUAUAUUAAUUCAAUUAUGCGAAUAUGGAGUGAGUCCAAAAAUUCUUUCUCAUAUUAUUAUACAGUUAAAAAAGGAACGAGAAAAAUUUCUGGAUAAUUUAAACAACAUGAAUAAUUUAAAUAAAUAA